AUCUUCCAAAACAGUACGUGGCAGCAACUCUCGAGUAUAUUGAAUAAAACAUGACUACAAAUCAAGAAGAAGAAGAAUACGGCGCGAGUUGUUAGCAUGUUUGGCAGCUAACGUUAACUACGCGUUAGAUACUAGCUAGCAAAGAAUAGACGUGAACCAUCUCUGGAGUUAGCUAAUCACCGUGAGUGAGUAUGGAAACACAUGAACGUAGACAACCAUAGCUAUCUAGCUAAUGCAGCCAGCAUAGCAUGACGAGUAAACAGUCAAGCAAGUCAACUACAACGUUUGUUUGCGUUGAAUUCAGCAAACUAGCACGGAUUCUUGACAUGAACCCUUGAUGUGACAUUAGAGAACAUUAGCCAGCCAGACAGACAGACACAGACAGCCACCUAGCCGACAAAUUGGCAGCUGUUGGAUUAACGAUGGGAAGUUGGAAAUAUCUGCUAUGACAGAUUCAAACAUGACGGACAGGAAUUUACCUGAGUGGAUGUCGAAGAUAGAAACUACUGAAAAAGAUGCACUUAAACAGGUUCAAACAGGACUCUAUAAAAGAAAUGUCAUAGAGGAUGACCUUCCUUAUCUAGAGUUCACUGGCACAGUCAUAUUCAGCCAGGAGAAAAAUGACUGCUCUUUUCUGUCUGACGAGUUAAGGUCUAGUCUUUCACCUGGCUCUGCUGUGGGGUUUGACAUAGAAUGGCCUCCUUCGUUCACCAAAGGCCAGAAGAAGAAAGUUGCCUUGGUCCAGCUGUGUGCUUCUGUAGAGAAGUGUUACCUUUUUCACCUCUCCCCCAUGUCAAGAUUUCCAACUGGCUUGAAGAUAUUUUUGGAGGAUGAGACAAUCCGAAAAGUUGGAGUGGGCAUCGAAGGAGACAUGUGGAAGCUACUCUCUGACUUUGAUGUCAAACUGAAGAAUUUCGUGGAGCUUGGAGAUUUGGCAAAUGGAAGACUGCGAUGCGGUGAGAGGUGGAGUCUGGAUGGGCUCGUCAAGCACCUGUUCAAGAAGAGGCUGUUCAAACAGCAGGAUGUGCGCUGUAGCAAUUGGGAUGACUUUGAACUCUCCCAGGAACAGAAAAGAUACGCAGCUACAGAUGCUUAUGCUGGCCUGAUCAUUCACAACAAACUGAAUACUAUGGACCCUGGAGUGAAUUCUCAGUCUGGCCUCAAGGACAAGCUGUCUCAAAUGGCCAAUGAAAUUGAGGAAUUAGCUGGCAGCAUCCCAGAAGAAGUCAAUGACAUCCAGAGUGUUGCAACGCUAGUGGAGGACCUGUAUGUUAGUCUCACUGCUCUGAGAGAUUUGCUGUCAAAGAACAAUACCUCAGCUUCUACCAUAGAUCCAGAACCUUUGUCUCAUGACCUCCCAGAGAACAAGCCCCUCAGUCCUGACGGAACAGACACAACCAAUGGAACACAGAUGGAUCAGGGCUCACCCAGAGAAGAUGAGGACCUCAAUCACUCUAACAUAGAUCUCUUUAAGGUUCCUGAACCCAUGGAAGAGGCCAGCAAACCCAUAGACUAUCAAGGAGACUGCAUCAUGUCCCUGGAUAUCUCAGAGUAUGAGCUUCAAAUGCUGGAGAGGCAAGCUAAGCAGGAGGAUCUGGAGGAGCAGUCCACUUUGGAGUUCCAGGAGAAAAAUGCACUGGAUGACUCUGCAGACCUUUUGUACGAAGUGGAGCUGGAGAGCGAGAUGCUACAGUGUGUGGAGGAAGUGGAGAGGUUGACUCAACAGAAACAAUCCCAACCUGAGGAAAUGCCCUCUGGCCCUGGCAAUGAGGAGGAUGACAUAGAGGAGCUGGAGGAAGAAGAAGAAUUUGAUCCAUCUCUUCCAGAGCCACUCCCUGAACAAAUCAAAUGUCUAAAGAUGUAUUUUGGACAUAGUCGCUUCAAGCCAGUACAAUGGAAAGUAAUUCACUCAGUUCUGAAGGAGAGGCGAGAUAACCUUGUUGUCAUGGCAACAGGGUAUGGGAAAAGCCUGUGCUUCCAGUUCCCCCCAGUGUACUGUGUUGGCGUCAGCAUUGUUAUCUGUCCUCUCAUCGCUCUCAUGGAGGACCAAGUGCUCCAGCUCGAAAUGUCCAACAUUCCAGCUUGUUUUCUUGGCUCUGCUCAGACCAAAAAUGUUUUAGCCGGCUUGAAACAGGGGCAAUACAGAGUUGUAUACAUGACCCCAGAAUACUGCUCAGGCAAUAUAUCUCUACUCGAACAGCUCGAUAGAAGUAUAGGAAUCUCUUUGAUAGCAGUGGAUGAGGCUCAUUGUAUCUCUGAGUGGGGCCAUGACUUCAGAGGUGCAUACAGGAGUCUGGGAAACCUGAAGAGAAGUCUACCUAACGUUCCCAUCGUGGCGCUGACUGCCACUGCAAGCCCAUCCAUCAGGGAGGACAUAGUGAAGAGUCUGAACCUGGAGCACCCCAUCGUCACCUGCACCUCCUUCGACCGGCCCAACCUCUACCUGGACGUCAAACGCAAGUCUGGGGGCGUGUUUCAGGACCUGAAUGGCUUCCUGAAGAAGACCACUGGGGGGAGUUAUGAGUUUGAAGGGUCUUCUAUUGUGUACUGCCCCUCGAGGAAAGAGGCUGAGCGUGUGACCUCCACUCUGACCUCGCUGGGUGUCACGUGUGGUGUAUACCAUGCUGGUCUGGGCAUCAAGCAGAGGAGGGAGACCCAGCAUACCUUCAUGAGGGAUGAAAUCCAGUGUAUUGUGGCUACAGUUGCUUUUGGAAUGGGGAUCAACAAGGCUGACAUCAGGAAGGUGAUCCAUUAUGGAGCCCCUAAGGAGAUGGAGUCUUACUACCAGGAGAUUGGACGUGCUGGGAGAGAUGGACUUCCAAGUGCCUGUCACGUCCUGUGGGCACCAGCAGAUCUCAAAUUAAACAGGUUUCUCAUCAACCAGGUAGCAAACAACAAAUUCCGGGGCUACAAGCUCAAAAUGAUGGGCAAAAUGGACUUGUAUCUCAACUCAUCCAAGUGCAGAAGGAAGCUGAUCCUCUCCCACUUUGAAGACAAACAGCUUCGAAAGGUAACCUCGGGCAUCAUGGGAACUGACCAGUGCUGUGACAACUGCCGAUCUGGGGCGGUGAACAGAGUCUGUGUAAAUGACACAGUAGACGGUGGGCGUCAGGAUUACGGUGUGUUGGCAUUCCAGCUGAUGGGAGCCGUCAGUGCUAUGGGGGAGAGAUUCGGCUCCUCAGCCCCCAUCCUGUUCCUCCGUGGAUCAUACUCUCAAAGGGUUCCUGAGAAGUACCGGUGCCACCCUCUGUUUGGAGCUGGGAAGAGUGUCUCUGAGCCCUGCUGGAAAGCCCUGGCACGGGAGCUGGUGAAUGAGGAAUACCUGAAGGAAGCCACCGGCACUAGCAAGUUCUGUGUCCUCUGUAAAAUCACCCCCAAGGGGAGGUGGUGGCUGAGCCGAGCCCUGGAUGAGAAACAGAGAACCCUCCUGCUCCAGUCGAGUGACCCUGACCUCAACACCUGGUCUGCACUAAGACGAAAGCAGAACCCUGCAACCUCCACCACUAAUGCCCCUGACAGACAGUAUUCCACCUCUCAGAACAGUGGGUUAAAUGUCUGUUGUAGGCCAGUGAACAGCAAAUCUAUCCAGAAGUUGGACAUGUCAUCUAGCAGUGACAGGACGCCAUCCAAGUUGUUGACCCAGGUAGCGGUGUCCAAACCACAGCCAGCCCCCAUCUCCGCCAGAGAGCUUGAACUGCAGACGGCGUUGUACGCCAAGCUGGUUGCUGAACGACAGAAACUGGCCAGUGAGAAGGACAUCCCACCGGCCAUACUGGCCACCAACAAAAUCCUCCUGGAAAUGGCCAAGAUGAGGCCGUGCACUGUGUCCAGUCUGAAGCAGGUGGAUGGUGUUUCUGAGGCAAAGUCCAGCAUGCUUAUACCCCUCCUCAAAACCAUAGCAAGUUUCUGUGAGCUUCACAACUUGAAGGUGGACUCCUCGACUCUGGCUUCAGCCCCAGGUCCAGAGAGCGUUAGAGGGGUGGUGACUGGGAGGUCCUCCUCUCUACCUAACAGUAUUGCCAUCACCUACAGACUGUUCCAGGAGGAGGGCAAGAGCAUGAGGCAGGUGUCUGAUGUGCGCAGUUUACCCGUUGCUGUGCUAGAAACUCAGCUGAUCCAGGCCUUCAGGGCAAACCACCCACUGGACACAGAGAGAGCUGGUCUAACAACCGCCAUACGAACUACUGUCAUCCGCAUCAUCCAGUCACACCCUGUCAACUCUGACCUCAGUGACAUCAAGGCCAUUCGAGCCAGAGUCCCCGACGACAUCAGCACCUUCCUCAUCCAGUUGACUGUGGAGCUGCUGCAGAGACAGGGGAUGCCCACGGCCCCACCUGCUGUUUCCACCAGCCUACAGCAGCCUGAGCUCACCUGGAUAGAACCCGAGGACAAACCGGUGAGAGAAUCUUCCGUCCACAAGCCAGUGAGGAUAGAAAAAGACCCAGCCCAGCCAGCCCCAGUGGAGCUAUCCCCAGCCCAGCCAGCCCCCAUCAAGCUAUCCCCAGCCCAGCCAGACCCCAUCAAGCUAUCCCCAGCCCAGCCAGAUCCCAUCAAGCUAUCCCCACCCCAACCGGUUGGUUGGUUAGCAGUCGGACUCCCAGACGAGAUGGAGAUGAGUAUGGAAGAGGAUGACCUGUUCAGGGAUCUUCCAAUGCCUGAGGAAGUGGGUCCCGUCUCAGAGUAUGUCCUUGCACCUAAGGCUCUUACUGCAGCCGCCAAGGCUGUCCCCCAGACCAGUGCAGUGAAGCUGGCAUCCUGGAACCAGGAGCCACUGGAUGAGGACACACAUGAACUCUUCAGUGACUCCCCUCAGAAUGUCAGCCAGCCGGCGAAGAGAAAACUACCAGACUGGGCUGAACUACCAAGAGGUUCAAGUUCUUUGGCCUGUACAAAGAAAACCAAAAAGAACAAAGGACUUUUUUCGUAACUGACCAGUGACCAACAAAUUAUUCUUACUGACCAAAUGUUUCUGAUUUUCUUUAUUACAAAAUGGCAAACAAGGUGUUGAUUUCCAACUUAACAAUGUAACAUAGCAGACUAAUUAAUGUAAAACAUGUCAUUAUGUAAAACCUCUUGUAAUAAAGAGACAACUUGAAUGUA